AUGGAUCUCGUUUCGAGCAUCCGCAAAUCAGGCUCGCGCGGAGGAGUUAAUUUCAACUGGGAAGACGUCCAAGGCUCCGUCCACCGCGAAAACUACCUCGGUCACAGCCUAAAAGCCCCCGUUGGACGCUGGCAGAAGGGCCGAGACCUCAACUGGUACGCAAAACCAAAUGCGACCGCCGCUUCGUCAAACGAAACAGCAGAGGAGAGAGCAGAGCGGGAGCGAAAAGAAGAGCUGAAACAAAUCAAGGAGGCCGAAGAAGACGCGCUGGCUCGAGCACUCGGUCUACCCGUAGCCCAACGCAAUGUGACGGGGUCGAAUUCGAUCGAGGUUGGCGAAGGACGGGGUGCUGUGGGUGACAAUCCGGCAGCGGCAGUGGCGGCGGCAGCGGUGCUUGUGGAGAGCCAAGAGACAGAGGGCAGCAAGCGCAGAGCAUCGAAACGACACGAUGACCCCGAACGACGACACCGAAGAAGACACAGGAGCAGAAGUCGAAACCGGGACAGCCACAGGGACAGGGAGCGCACAGAUCGAGAGAUAACGCCAGGGAUGACAGACGUGAUCACCGCAGGCGGCGAAGUCACAGUCGCGAACGAGACUCCCACAGAUCCAAGGGAGGCCAAGAUCAUUGGAGAGAGCGAAGUAGAAGUCGCAGCGCUGAGAGGUUUGAGCGAAGAAGAGACGGUGCGAGCGACGAUCACCGGCAAAGGUCCAGGGACCGGCGACGUAGCAGAAGCCCUCAGCAUCACCGACGGAGAAGCCCGGCCAGAGACUAGGUACAAGACGGAGGUUACCUACAUGUAG